UGUGUAAGACGCAGUUUAUGAGUAGGAGCUGAAGAGUGCCAGGGGCAACACUUGCACAGUGCCAGCGUGGGACUUGAAGAGUUCCAGGGGUAACACUUGCACAGUGCCAGUGUGGGACCUGAAGAGUACCAGGGGUAACGUACAGUGCGAGCGUGGGACCUGAAGUGUGCCAGGGGUAACACUUGCACAGUGCCAGCGUUGGACCUGAACAGUUCCAGGGGUAACACUUGCACAGUGCCAGUAUGGGACCUGAAGAGUGCCAGGGGUAACACUUGCACGGUGCCAGCGUGGAACCUGAAGAGUGCCAGGGGUAACACUUGCACAGUGCCAGCGUGGGACCUGAAGAGUGCCAGGGGUAACACUUGUGCAGUGCCAGUGUGGGACCUGAAGAGUGCCAGGGGUAACACUUGUACGGUGCCAGCGUGGGACCUGAAGAGUGCCAGGGGUAGCACUUGCACAGUGUCAGCGUGGAACCUGAAAAGUGCCAGGGGUAACACUUGCAGUGCCUUACGUUUAAAAACUUAAGAAUUAAAUAUUCCUGGUAAUCAACGUCGCCAUAAACAGGAUGAGUAGCGAGGAUACAAGACUGGGCGCUACGGCGCCCCGGGUCACCACGCUCACACACGCAGCCACCAAGACUUCAGCUUCCUUAAGUGGCAAGAAGCCGCUAGUGUCCUCCCGCCGCCUCCUGCGGACACCUAAGUGUGCCCGUUGCAGGAACCACGGGGUGGUGUCCUGCCUGAAGGGUCACAAGAAGUUGUGCCGGUGGAGAGACUGUCGCUGUGCUAAUUGUCUGCUGGUGGUGGAACGACAGAGAGUCAUGGCGGCUCAGGUCGCUCUUAGAAGGCAACAAGCGUCUGAGAACAAGGAUCAAGGUCAUUCCAUCUCCAGAGUGGAGUCGUCAGCCCCAGGUGCAGGAGAGUGCCCAGCAAGCACCACCCAACAGGAGUCUGCUGCCACCCUAGCUGCCAGGGCCAAGCUGAAGUCUGCUGAGGCCUUACUGGCACAGAAGAGACUGUACCAGCGACACCUCAGGUCAUUACAGCAGUCAGCCCUGGCCAGAGACCUCAUGACUAAUCUUCGGCAGCGCCUGGGUCGGGAGUGGCGUGUACCUCCAUACCUCAGUGAACGACAACGAAAACGACGCGCAUUUGCUGAUCGCGAUUUGGAAAAUGUCAUGUUACAACGCGAAUCCAUAUUAGCCCAGAGUGCCCAACUCACUGCCCAUCCCACCCACAUUCCUGCAGAGUGGAUGGCGCACGUUAGUCUCCUGCCCGUCCACCUGCAGGAAGCUCUCAGGUUACACCCGCAGCCGGCGCAGGCGUUGCUGCAGCUAGUGAUUGAGGCUUGUGGGGGUGACAGAGAGAGAGCACUGCAGUACCUAGCCACACCACCUCCCGUCAGCCAGCCAGUGCUCAAGCACACCACUGCUCAGGAUAUGUGCGCCAGUGUCACCAUGGGCAUGCAUAUUAGCCUAAGAACUGUCCUUCACGAGAUACCAGCCGAGAAUCACCAUCUCCACUGGUUCGUCACGCGCCCUACCCCACCACCCACGUCCCAUCCUCAGGAGCAGAAGAACGGCCAUUCAUUCGCCAAGUUGAACAGCCCGAAAUUUGAGGCUGAUGUACUACUGACGGCAUCAGGAAGACCAGUGACAAGGGAGGAAGUGAGAGUGUACUACCCUGGCCACAGUGUGUUGCGAAGCCCAGACUUCGCACUUGCCUCAACAGCCCUCAAAUCCUCACCAUCAACUUUAUUUGCCACUACUCCACUUGUGAUGGCGGACAAGGAUGGUUCGUCGCUCUCUCAACCCGCUGGUCAGCCCAAUCCUGCACUUUACUCACAUGCUGUGUCAAGGCUCCCAACAGACCGUUCACAAUCUCACACUACUUGUCCAACGCCCAGAAAAGCAGUAAUUCCUUUUCCAGUGGAAUCUAUAAUCGGAAAACAAGUUUAGCCAUCUUAAAUCUGUACUGUUGAUGAUAAAUGCAAUGGCACACUAAGCCAUACCAAUCGUCAUUUAAAUUUGAUGUUGCUACUACGAAUGAACGGCAGAAACCAGACGUUGAAAAACUGACAGUCACUAAUUAUAGCGAGUUGAAUAUUUU